GCCGGCCGAGCCCACUCUUCUCCGUGUCGCUUGCUUGGAAGGGUACCUGAUCGACAAUUCUUGCCGGAAAGAAGCCUGCAUGGCCUGCAUAUCCCUUUCGUCGUUUGUACCGUUCCGCUAUCGGCCGAUCGGGUUGGAAAGAUGGCUCGCGGUAACGGACGUCCAUCUUAUUGUUGUCAACUGUCUACUCGACAAUCCGCACCGCCAAUCAAUCGGGCUAUAUCGAGGUACAUUGUCACAUACGUACAGGCUCCCGCACCUUGCCUGUAGGAUCAGGAAACGAGAGCAACCAACGGGGUAAAAUGCAGCUUCUCGAGAUUGACAUUCUCUACAAUGAGGUCAUCCCACUAAGCGAUGGCCUCACUCUUUCAGCUCAAAUCUGGCUGCCCGUCGAGGCUACAACUGCCGCACCGGCCCGCGUGCCCGCAAUCCUCGAGUACCUCCCUUACCGAAAGCGGGAUGGCACUGCAGUGCGCGACGCCAUGAACCACCCAUACGUUGCCAGCCGCGGCUACGCUUGCGUCCGCGUGGACAUGCGCGGCGCCGGGGAUUCCGAAGGCCUGCUGCUGGGCGAAUACCUCAAACAAGAACAGGACGAUGCCCUCGAGGUCAUUGACUGGAUAGCCAGCCAGAAAUGGUGCACUGGGUCCGUGGGGAUGAUUGGCAUCUCUUGGGGCGGGUUCAACAGCUUGCAAGUCGCCGCACGACGGCCACCACAGCUCAAGGCCAUCAUUUCCAUCUGUUCGACUGACGAUCGUUUUGGCGAUGAUAUUCACUAUAAAGGAGGGUGUCUGUUGACAGAGAACUUGACGUGGGCGGCGUCGAUGCUGGCAAUCAAUUCCUCACCUCCCGAUCCAGCACUUGUCGGCGAAGACAAGUGGCGCAAAAUGUGGCUCAAAAGACUCGAGUCGGGCGGGUUCUUCGCCAAGGAGUGGCAUGAGCAUCAGCAUCGCGAUGCAUUCUGGAAACAUGCCUCGAUAGGCCAGAGCUAUGCCGACAUCGAAUGCGCCACAUAUCUGGUUGGCGGCUGGGCUGAUCCUUACACCAACACCAUCUUCCGCAUGCUCGAGAAUCUCAAAUGUCCGCGAAAGGGCCUCGUCGGGCCUUGGGGACACAAGUAUCCCAACUUUGGCGUUCCGGGCCCACAGAUUGGGUUUCUGCAGGAAGCAGUGCGGUGGUGGGAUUACUGGCUCAAGGGCGAGGACAAGACGGGGAUCAUGGAAGAGCCCAUGCUGCGCAGUUACCUCCAGGAUCCGUGGCCGCCAGCACCCUACGACGAGUUCCGCCCUGGCCGAUGGGUUGCUGAAGAGUGCUGGUCGGAUGAGGAGAAGCUCAAGGCUGGCGUGGUGAUGGGUUUGGCUCCUGGCAGAUUGACCAACACCACUGGCGCCAGCGACGAGAAACUGUCCAUCUGCUCACCACAAAAUCUGGGCUUUUCUGGAGGGCGAUGGCUGGUCUUUGGCAUCGAGGGUGAAGGCCCAGGCGAUCAACGUGCUGAGGCCGGUGGCAGUCUUGUCUUCGAUACAAAGGCUCUGGACGAGCCGAUGGACCUGCACGGUCCGGCUGAGCUCAAGCUUCGCAUCGCAAGCAACAAGCCCAACGCCCUGGUUGCAGCGACCUUAUCCGAGGUCUUGCCCAAUGGUGGCGGAGUGACGCGGGUGUCGUACGGCGUGUUGAAUCUGACGCACCGCAACGGCUCUGACAAUGGUCCAGAGCUCCUGGAGCCAUAUAAGUUCUACGAUGUCAGCUUCAAACUAAAUCAUUUCGGCCAGCGCAUCGGGAAGGGCAGUCAACUGCGCCUGGCACUGUCAUCGACAUAUUUUCCCAUGGUCUGGCCGUCGCCUGAGACGACAACGUUGACAAUUGAUUGCAUGCACAGCAGCAUUGGCCUUCCACUCCGAAGAGAUAACCCGCUGGAUUCUAAGCUGGAGAAGUUCAGACCUGCGAUCAACGGGACUUUGCCCAAGACUGAUAUACGGAAAGCCACGCACAAGAACUUCGUCCGACACGAUUGGGACUCGAAUCGAACAGAGCUCUGUGUGUACUGGGACGAUGGAAAGUGGGAGGUCGAUGCCACAGGUUGGAAAUUCGGGAACAUCGCGGACCUGGUCGUGAGCGUCUCACCUAAUGAUCCUCUCUCUGCGACCGUGGAGCAGAAGUUCGAUCGCGAGUUUGGACGAGGAGAUUUAGAUCUCAGAACGAAUGGAUGGACCAAGAUGAAGAUGACCAAGACAGACAUGCUCAUCACUGCGUACGUCGAAGCUUGGGAUGCCGGGAAGCUGUUUUUCCAGAAGAACUAUUCUGUCUCUGUACCGCGAAGCGGGCUUUAGUAAAAAAUGUCUUAUACACUAAGAACAAUGAGCAAGGCUAGAAAGCUCAAGCCUCUGAUAUGUUAAGGCACUUGCAAUUGAGAUUGAAAGUCUACCACAGGUUCCCGGCAUAGAUUGGUACGGCAAUAGGUACUGGUUACGAUCCCUAUCGUUACUUGCCCGGCCGGAUUGGGACUGGCUUGGGUUCUGAUCGGACUAUGCGAUACACAACUCGGCUUCAGUUGGUCAAACACGAGCUUAUGUCGAGGAGUGGUUCCACCGCAGCUAAGGUCAAAUCCAAAGUGCAACUAGGGCUUUGUUCUCCCUGAUAAAAUGGCGUAGAAACUGAUGGUAACAAACGGAUAGUGUGUACACAGUGC